AUGGUGACCGGCAUUGAGACAGCGGGCAUCGGUAUUGAAACGCUGAAAGGCUUCCGCACCCGACGAUAUCGCCGCCAGUUCGAAGAAUGGUCGACAAGGCUGGGGACACAACAUGCCAUCCUACUUAACACGCUCGAGCAGUCUCUCGAAGGCCUUGUAGAAUACGACGAUGACAUCUCAGAGCUCAUCAACAACCCACGGGGACCACUCUGGAGGGAUCCAUACUCCCAGAAAAGUCUGGUCAAGAAGCUCGACCGCAAUUACGGCGCCUUCGUCAGGACUAUGACAGAGCUCUCGACCUUAUUGGAUACUCUGUCAUGCAAACUCGGACUCCAAUCCGCGGACCAUUUGAAGAACAAAUCGGACCAUCGGCAGGAGAGUCGACGCAAGCACCGGGUCUCUAAGAAACCACUACUGAAGUACAAGGCCGCGAGGAAGCAUGCUAGCAACCUGUACAAUGCUGUUGUCCAUGGCAAAUACUGGAAGUGUCCCUGCAAAGACUCUCACUGCGUUCAUCUUCGAAUCGGCGCAGAGCCCAUCGAAGCGAACGACCACCACGAGGCGAAUCCGACGACGCCCAGAUUCCGGAUGGCGUUCUCGACCAAAGUCCCUGACCCUACGCAUGCCAUAUCGUGGCACUGGGAAGAAGUCGAGACAGUACCCGCGUUACUCGAGAUGCCAGGAGCAGCGCACAAGGCCACCUUGACCGCUGCGCACGCCGCUGUCCAACGGCCAGCUAAUGACAAGAAGGUCCAGUUUGCGGUGGUGGCAACGCCGCUGCAGGGUCUGCCCUGGCCCAAACUCCCCGAUGUCCCACCACCCCUUCCCAUCCCCGAUUUUUGUUCUGUGCUGUGCAAGAUUGGGACCAAACGCAGCCUUGAGAAAUACAUGGGCUCCAUCUCAGAUGAAAGCGACGCGACCCACCGUUAUUGCUUCUACCUGAUGGAGAAGCACGAGAAAAGGGUCGAGACACAGUCGUUGGAAGAUCUGCCGAGUUCUUCGUUGCACUCGAUUGGAUCGCAUACCAAUCGCCCAGCAUUCCUCUUCAGCAGACGUGAUCGACUAUUUCUGGCAGCAACUCUUGCAUCCAGCGUGCUUCAAUUUCAUGGCAGCUGGCUGAAGAGCUACUGGCGAAGUCGAGACAUCCUAUUCCCCAAGCUGGAGGGCAGCGGCCAAACUCUGGGUGGAACAUCCUUACCUCGCAGGACAUGGCCCACAAGAACAAUCUCCAGUCCCCUCAUCCCAAGCGAUGUCUUGUUCCCGCUGGGCCUUGUCCUGGUUGAGCUGUCGCUCUGCCAAUCGAUCUCCGCGUUACGAGUACCGGAGGACGCAGACUCGGUCGAAGCAUACGCGAACCUGAAAACUGCAGCCCGCCUCCUCAACCGGGUAUACUCCGAAAGUGGCUGCAAGUACGGCGACGUGGUUACGCAAUGCCUUCGCUGGUCGGAGAUUAGAAACUCAUCUGCGGACAACGAUGACUUCCAGGAACUUGCGUUUCAGAAGAUUGCAUCGCCGCUAGUCGAGGACCUCAGAGACUUUGAAGGCAAGGGCCGCAUUCGAUGA